AUGGACGAUCCAAAUGCUCCCACGAGUGUUACUAGUUUGAGCUUGUUUGAGUAUGAUUUUGACACUGUAUCUCCAGAUGCAGAAGUUCUGCGCCGAACCGAGACCACCAGGACAUUGUACGGCCAGGCUGCGUUCUUCAGUUUGGUCAACAGAUUGAACAUACCUGUGCUCAAUAAUUCUUCGAACUCUUCCGGGGGACAAGACCAUGUAUUCGUUGGGACAGGAGCUUCGUAUGGUGUCACUCGACCUCUCAUCCGUCACGACCACGCUUCGAUUAAUAACAGCAAAGGGAAAGAGCUAGAGAAAGACCUCUUGAGCCGCAAGUUUGUCACCAAAAAGAUCGUGCCUAUUCUUUCCAAGUCUGUCAGUGACGCUCAACAGCUAGCCGCAAUCACCAAUGAAGUGCGCAUCCUUGGAAACAGGACAGUGAAGCAGACCAAAUGCUUGGUACAAUUGCUCUGUGUCGCCUGGGAUGAGCUCCCGAGAGGGGGCCGUUACUGGCCUCGUCUCUUACUCGAAGCAGCAGACCAUGGAAACCUCGCUGCCUUCAUGGCGCAAUCCGCAGACAUAGCCGAUUGGAAGGUGAAACUCGAUCUAAAUCUCGAUAUUCUCUCAGGACUCGCAGUGUUACACAACCACAGGAUAGCGCACUGCGACUUGAAGGUAGAGAACGUUCUGAUAUUCCAAGAACAAGAUACCACAAAAGUCGACAAGAGCAAGUAUGUUGCCAAGCUCUGUGACUUUGGAUUCUCUGUCAUCAUGAACGACUAUGACAACGAUGCCAUGUUUUCCGCGCGACUUGGAACCGAACCCUGGACCGCCCCCGAACUGACAUUUGGAACCAAGGUCAAGGUAGACGAUCUUCCCCAGGCAGAUAUCUUCAGCUUUGGGUUGCUAUUCAGCAGAAUCUACAUGCAUGGUGGCGACCCUUUCGAAAGUCUCAUCCUUGAUAAGACCCGCGAGAUGAAGCGAGAUGAGGACGCAAUGAUGAGACUUGUUGAUUUCCUGAAAACAAAAAUCUUUGAACGAGUCGCAUAUACGGAGAGUCAACAACUACUUAUCAAUAAAACACUAUUGGUUACGCUGAGAUAUAAGCCCGAGCACAGAUUCCCGAUUCGGCUAAUUGGACCCCAGCUGAUCCUUCUCGGGGUAUUAUUUACAGACCAUCCUACUGCUGAAGCUGAUAACAGCGAACCUGAAGAGACUCACUCAGAGAAGCCGCUAGCCGCAUCGCCUCAACUAAAUCCGCCUGGUGGAUUGUGGUGGAAUAUGGUCAAUAUUGCGAGCCAAGGUUUUUCAAUCAUCAUGAAACCGCUCAAUGUACUUCGUGGUGCUGUCAAGUCUGGACUCCUAUCUGUACUGCGAUUAGUCCUCAAACGAAUGGGUUUGUUGAAAGAUCCUUUCGAAGACCUGUGGAAACCAAAAUAUAUGGAGGUUCAGCCCAUAUCGAGAGUUGCAGGGCUAUUGGACACUCAGAGGAACGUCGCUUCAGAGAGCGAUAACCGUGAUUUCUUAUCUGCAUUGCCGGAUUUCGAAUACACAACAAAGUACGCCCAUUUCACGCUUCCCAGAGGGGUUGCCAAAGAAUUGGUUGAGGAUUUGAAUUGCAAAGUUCAAGAGUCUUCAACCAGCGUCUCAGCAGAGGCAUCAUUCCAGCUCGCGAUUGCUCAUUUUGAGGGCAUUGGUACUUCGAGAAAUGUAGAGCAGGGCCUCCAGUGGCUCAAGACUGCACACUUCAAACAGUCCGCCAAGGGCAUCUCGAGCCUGGAACCAGUGUUCUCAUCGUUGGGCUUUCGUGUACCCCACGAUAUCGACGCGAUUACCCGCUCAAAGCUGCCAGAUCUUGCGAGUAAUGAACUGCUGGUAUCUUUGAGUGAUGUACAUGGCAAUAAGAUAUCGCAGCCGCAAACAUUUACUGCGUUGCGGCAGUGGAUUCGGUCAAACCCACGGGAGUACAAUGAGUACCUGUGUUCUUCUAUCUAUGGAUCUCUGAAGAUAACAUGCCUUGGCAUCUACAUUCUGGCGAUCCAGUCUUCGUUGGAAGGUCAAACAAAAAGUGAAGAGGAUAGAUUUGACUCGGACUCUCUCGAGGGAUACAAUCCUCACGAGAAGUUCCAACUGAGUCAAAAAGCGUCCUUCAUCGAAUCCGUCCGGAAACUAAAAUGCGUCCAGAAGGCAGAUUUGUUUUCCGUCACAUUACUUCAGCGGGCCGCUGCUAUGGGAGAUCUAGAGCUGGCCAAGACUCUGGUACUAGAUUUGGGCGCUGAAGUCGAUUAUGUUGGUACUACGCCAUCAUACACACCACUUUGGAUUAGUUGCGCAUCUGGCAAUAUUGACGUGGCUUCGUUUCUUUUCGAACAUGGAGCAGAUGCAACCCACCGAGAUACCAAAACUGGCCGUACUAUCUUGCAUUUCCUCAACCAAUGCAGAGACACUGCUGAUCUUGUGCGACUCUUCGAAAUCUCAUCUAAGGGCGGUCUUGUUGAUCUUGAGAUACGCGAUGCGAGCGGGAACACACCUUUGUUGUCGACAUUCUGCGGGUGGGAUUUCAGCAACGGCGAUGCCGCACGAUAUCUGGUGGGCCUAAAAGCAACCGCUGUCGUAAAAUCAAAGGAUUUAUGGACGCCAAUGACAGCUGCCGCCGCUGCAUUUAAUGUGGAUCUUAUACGAGAGAUCUACCAAAACCAUGAUUCAAGCCUUUUGAGCGGAGCAGCUAGUCUGACGAGGCCUGACCAGUCUCUCGGUGAAGCCAAGGUUGAAGCUUUCCAACAGAUUUGCGGCAUGAACGAUUUCCUUCGACGACGUAUCGGGGGAGCUACAGCCAUGAGCAAGUUGACAGAACUGGUGAAUCUCCUCAUGGAUCCUGAGAUGUUGGAGCACUUCUCUCUAUCGGAGUUCAGCCAGGGAACAAACCCACUGAUCUCCACAUGCUACCAGGGACAUGUAGACAUGGUAUCCGCCGUUCUGGACGCUACCAACUCCCCAGACCUAAAUGAGGUUGACGACCAGAACGGCAUGAGCGCCCUUCACUGGGCCGCAGAGCGCGGAAGAGUCGAAGUCGCUUUCCUUCUCCUGCGCCGUGGGGCAGACCCUAUGAUACAGGACAGGGUGGAAGGUCUCACUGUUUUCCAUCGAGCCGCUAGAUUUUUUCCUGAUCUCCUACUCAAACUCAUCAACGCAAUUGAAGAUGGCAGCCUACCCUGUCCGGAAGGAAUGGACAUAUAUACCAUACUCAACACCAAGAGCCAUGACGAUCACACCGUGUUCAUGACAGCCUUGAUCGAAGGGGCGAAAGAGCAUCUGAAAUUUGCUGAGCAUAUCCGAACUCGCUACAAUCUCGAUUACGACAUGGACUUGAUCUCACAUGAAGGCAAGAUGGUUAAUCGAAUGGAAACCACGAUGACCUUUACUGCAUACAUGGUUGAGAAUGCCAUCAUGAGCAACCUCUUCACUCUCGAACAAAUGGAAUAUUUGAUCGAGAUGAACCCUCGACCACGUUUCAUUGCUGACUCACUUGGCAGGACUCUACUGCAUUAUGCUGUAAUGGGGACGCAACAUGACAGCAUGGGGAGCAACCCAACCGGUUAUGCCACAUUGAGGCUGCUUUUGCGGACGUUCCCUGGAAAAGAGUAUCUGGAGAUAGCGGAUAACACGGGUAGCAGUACACUUCACUACGCGGCAUUUUGCUCCAAUGCUGUUGCCAUUGAAAUCAUCAGAGACCACUUCCAGAGCAUCGGCAAGGAGCUCAACCCUAAUCUCAUCAACAAGAACGGCUCUACGCCCCUCGAUGGUCUGGGUUUGCAGCUGAAGAGAUUCAGGUUUGAAGAGUCAGAAUUGAGGACUAUAACGGCUGGCUUCCGGCGAAACACGGCACGCUCAUACGAGUACAUGCGCAACCUUGGUGCUUAUUUGAGCUCGGAACAGAUCGGCAUUCCGUUGUGGAUCGUAACUCGUCGUACAGCCGAGCUGCCCAGAGAGGCACUGAUCGAGUUCUUCAUCACAGUGCAGAUGUCCAUGGGUCUGACCUGGGAACUUGUUGAAGACGACAGUGAAAAGCCGAGGGACGCGAUGUCUGACUCGAUAUACGUCAUGGAACUCUGCUGGUGCUUUGACAGGUUUAUCCUUCGUGCAAAGGAGGUCAUGCCCCACACAAUUGCGGCAUACAUCCAAGAAAGGCUUGCGCAACGGUCAAGAAGAACAGAUAAUUCUGGUCCAUGGGAGGAAACUACAUACGAAGAAACCAUUUACGACCAUACUGUAAAGUGGACCAGAUCUGGCCGCUCCUGGAACAAUGACGAGAUCUCCACUUUGGUACAGGAACUCCUAGUCAGGUGGAUGGUCUUGAUUGAGGAAGAAGAAGGAUUGCUAGGUGUGGUUCAAGUGAACUUGGGAUCAUAA